AUGACGGGCGGUCACAGUCCGCGCGCGCCCGCCACCCUCCACCCACGCGGCUCCACACCCCUGGCCUUUCUUACCGCCUCGACUAACAACCCUGCCACCGCCACUACUACUGCUACACUACCACCGCUGCCCAUUGACGAUGACGACGGUGAGGCCACGGACAGGUGCUGCUGUCAUCGCCUUUUUGUUUCCUUGAUGGUCAGUCAAGGAGUCUGUCUGAAGAUGAAGAUGCACCAGGACACCACCAGCCUUUUGUACUCGCCCCCCGCCUCUCUUCCUCACCAGCACACCAAGUCUCCACCACUGCUCGCGGGUACCCCCCUUACGCCAAUCACAGCUCUGCACGUCAGUACCACCACGUCGCGUCCAAGAACGACAUGCUUUGCACACCUUCAGACGACCAACGACCUUUUCUCUCGCACGCGCGGUAGCCUGCACGACACAACUCACUCGACUCGCUCUCUCCCACUCUGCCCCUCCAACCCCCCCAAUUGCCCCCCUCCCCAAACUGUUGACCGAGCGCUCGCAUCACCCGCACAAGGCCCCAGCACGGACACGACGCGUGAAAAUGUGACUCGGCAUGAUGCGAACGCCAAUGGUCUGCAGGAACACACGGCCUUUUUUUGUUGUGAUUUUUUUUCUGUUGGAUUGUGA